AAUGAACCGUACAAUGCCUCUGUGGACUGGUUUGCCUUUGGGGUAAUACUGUAUGAGAUGGCGACUGGAGAUUUCCCAUUCCAUGGCGAUUCCUCCGGCGCUUUAGAAACAUCAGUACUCGAGGACAUACCGAAGAUUCCAUCCUAUGUCAGCUGGAAUACAGAGGCCUUAAUUGACAAGCUGCUGUGUAAAGAUCCUCACUAUCGACUGGGCCUCGAUAAAGAGAUAUUUAGGCAGCCUUUAUUCCAAGACACUGACUGGGAUGCAGUGGUUGCUCAUGCAGUUCCACCACCAUUCCCUCCAGAAAUAAAGGAAAUAAACACAUGCAACAACACCAUUAAGGUGAUAUCUUCAGAGGAAUCCCUUGGAAAGCCAAUCACAUCAAAGGAGCAAAGGAAAUUCCAAGGCUUCUCCUUCAAGAACCCUGAGUACCAGUGAAAUCGCUGGCCACGUGGUACCUACAUAGCCUACAGAGCCUGGGCUUAGCUCAAUAGCUAAGCAGGUUCAUUUGAGGAACCAGUUGAGGACCAAAAACCCAAAGGAAGAACCAGAAAGUCCUGCAGCAGGAUUAGGAGCUCCAUCAGUGGCCGAUUAACCUCCUGCAUGAUGCUCUCGACUCUAAUGUCUUUCCUGGUGCUUCUUAAUAUUCGGCCUGGAACAACGAAAGAUCUUGCCUGAUGACUGCAGCCAUAAAAUCGAGUCUGACACCUGUGGACCUGAUAUGAUGCCUGGGACACAAAGCCCUAAUAAACAACCUAAAUCAUCACUUUCAGUAUUGCCGGGUCCCAGAAGCAGAAUUGUUACACACGCAAUCAACACAGGCUGCAUAUUUGGUUCCAGGACCAGAACUGUUUUACACAGGCGCC